AUGGGCGACGGCGGGAGGGAGACGUUGAAGAAAAGCAAAACCAAUGUCGAAGGAGAAAAAACAGGAGAGUCUAAAAGAAUUUCUUAUUUAGAUUUGACAUUCUGUUUAUUGAUAUUUAUCUAUCGAUCUAUCUAUCACAUUCUGUUUAUUGAUAUCUAUCUAUCACCUUUUGUUUAUCGAUGUCUAUCUAUCUGCCUAUCUAUCACAUUCUGUUUAUUGAUAUUUAUCUAUCUAUCUAUCUAUCUAUCUAUCUAUCUAUCAAAUUAUUCUGUCUAUCUAUCUAUCUAUCACAUUCUGUUUAUUGAUAUCUAUCUAUCUAUCUAUCUAUCUGUCAGUCUGUCUGUCUAUCUAUCUAUCUAUCACAUUCUGUUUAUUGAUAUCUAUCUAUCUAUCUAUCUAUCUAUCUAUCUAUCUAUCUAUCUAUCUAUCUGUCAGUCUAUCUAUCUAUCUAUCUAUCUAUCUAUCUAUCUCACUUUGCAUCUAUCAAUCUAUCUAUCUAUUUGUGGUUAUUUAUAUGUAUCUAUCUACCGACCUAUUUCUGUUUGUUCAUAUGUAUCUAUCUACCUACCUGUACUCAUCUAUCUAUCUAUCUAUCUAUCUAUCUAUCUAUCUAUCUAUCUAUCUAUUACAAAAUCAAUAAUUUUUCAAUGA